AAUAGUCUUGAGCAAGAGCGUUUGCUGGCAGACGGAGCAGAAGAGUAGCAGCACAGGGGCUCAGGGGCCAUUUCUGUCAUCAUAGCGGAGGGGGGCGGGGCUUGUAAACCGAAAACUCUUCAGAACUGAGUGGAGAACACAGCAUUGUUGUGGGGAAUUGCAGGCGGAGGAAGAAGCCGCGAAGAAGGCAUUGUCUUCCAAAAGCCACGAUGGAGACCUUCAGUUCCAAAGACAUGGCCAUGAAGGCCCAGAAGAAAAUCCUCAGCCACAUGGCCAGCAAGACGAUGGUGAAUAUGUUCAUUGACGACACUAGCAGCGAGAUCUUGGAUGAGCUCUACCGGGUGUCUAAGGAACACUCCGGCAACCGUACGAAGGCCCAGAAGGUUGUGAAGGACCUCAUCAAGGUGGCGGUGAAGAUCGGCGUGCUCUUUCGCCACAAUCAGUUCAGUCCAGAGGAGCUUGGACUGGCGGAGGAGUUUAAGAAGAAGCUUCACACAGGAGCUAUGACAGCCAUAAGCUUCCAUGAGGUGGAGUUUUCCUUCGACAAAGCAGUGAUGGCUGGCAUCUUAACAGAGUCCCGGGACAUGCUACUCAAGCUGGUAGAUAAGCACCUCACCCCAAAGUCGCAUGGGCGCAUCACCAAUGUCUUCAACCAUUAUGCAGACCAGGAUCUGCUGGAAAAUCUCUACAAUCCCAAAGGGAAACUCUGGCCCCAUCUGACCAAAAUUUGUGCUGGUCUGGAUAAGUUGGUGGAGGAUGGGAAACUAUGAGGUUGAAGAACUUGGGGAGGGACUGGGUUAGACCUCAACAGGGGAGGUGCAAAGACCUGGCUGAGUCAUCACACAAAGGAGGGACUGCAAUCUAGUCUUUAUCUGUGGACAGUCGGUGGCGCUGCGGAUAAAGAACUGAAUGUGUCAUUUAAAUAUCAAUUCCAGAAAAGGAAUCGCUGUUGUACUUUCAAAAAGGUACUUAAAUAUAAAUUCCUUGGAAAAUAUAUGGCCUUAAUAAUGAAUCGAAGUAUAUAAUUGUAAGCCUUGGAUAGAAGGGCCCAAUGGCAUACAAAAAGAGUCAUACAGUUUGGUGAGUGGUUUUGUUAACAAACAAGAGACUACAUCUGUACAUUCAGGCAACAAUGUUAUCCCGUCCAUCGAAUAUUUAAUAACCAGGCUGCAUUGCAUUGAACCUUUAACCAUAAAUGAGAAUAUCGCUCAUCCUGGGUGGUCAUUGUUAGGUGAUUCCCACUGAUGUAGCAAUAUUGUUGACCACUGUUUUUUUUAUAUAUAUAUAUAAUAGUUUGAGGAGCAUUUUAAUUUAUUUGUUCACUGUAUAGAUAUGUAUUUUCCAAUUGCCAAAAGUGUUACAAGCAAGCACUGAGUCUUUGUCCUAUUUUAAAUACUCUAUAUGUCCCUAUGUGUUUUAUCUGUGUACAUCAGUGAUUGGGGAAGAGUGCUUUAACAUGAGGAGGAAAAGACAGGGCAGAAAGCAAAUGUACAGCUCUGGAAAACAUUAAGAGGCCGCAGCACAAUUUUUUGUUUCACUCAUAUCUCAAUUUAUGGGUGUGUGUCUGUGAAUUAUAUAUAUAGCCUGGUUCUUAUCCUGCUUCUCAUUAAUGAAGGGCUUCUUUCUUGCUUCAUAGUACUUCAGUCCUGUUACUAGGAGCCUGAUACUGUCCUAGCAGUGCACUUCACACCUGCACUUAAUGUUUCCCAUUCCCUUUGAAAGUCACUUGAUGUCAUCCUUCAAUUCAUGAGAAACUGUCAGAUAAGUUAACGGUCAUCUCUGCCAUUAGAAAGUCGCUUCCACCCUCUAUCCGGCCGGUUUCUUGUCGUUCCCAGUGUCUCCAGCUUCACGUUGUUCUUUGAGCUUGGAAGCCACCCACUGCUCAGUAUAGCCUUCUGCCAGCAGAACCAGGAUUAAACCAGAAUUUUAAAAUACAGAUUUGCUUAAAAAUAUGGUAUUCUCUUAAUUUUUUCCAGAGCUGUGAAUUGUACCUUGGGUUUACCACAUGGAGAUAUUAGGGACCGUAAAUUCAGGUGCUCCAUCUAGUGUUCAAAUUGAGUAACACAGGAUGAACGUCACUCAUUUCUUUUCCACUCCAAACGUAAAAUUCAUCAUCCAAAUAUUAGCACGGUGACACACCAUGACAACUUGAAAUUUGCUGUGAAUCCAUUUACCAAAUGGGAACUGAAUACUGAAUAUAAUCUUGACUGUUCCUUACUAUUGCAACAACAUAUUUUCCUGUUUGUAUGAUUUUUUAAUAAAGAAUGCUCCUGUCACAA